CGUUGUUAAAUUCGCUUUCAUGAGCGCAGUGGGGAAUACCGAAAUGGCAAGCCGAUGUGACUGACCCCUGCGAAUAUUCGGAAGCGAUUUAUCCCAAACAGGUGUGUCAGUGUGUGCUGCUGUGUGCGCCAGGCCCUGCUAUGGUGAGGUGUGUCAGCGAUGACGGAUGUGGAGGCGACCUAUGAGGACUUCAUCGCCUCUCGACGAUCCGGACGCAGGAAUGCCAUCCAUGACAUCCCAGAAUCUUCUGGAGCGCCGGGCACCACUGACCUGUCACAGAGUCUGGCACAACUCAACAUCAACAAGUCAGGUGCUGAGGGAGAAGAUGCUGAGAAAAGCCAGGACUCUCCAGCUAAAGAAGAGGAGACUCAAGCUGAGGGAAGCUAAGUGCAUCGGGCCAGAAGACAUUCGUGGACUCAAACAGCCACUUCUUUUAGUCUAUCUGAUCCCUGUAUGUUAAGCUUCUGACUGGCCAGUUGCAUUUGAUGACUGUGAACAGCAAAAUCCUGUACUGCCACUAUCCUGCCAUCAGGAAGUCAUCGCUAUGGCAACCACAGCACAGCCUCUCUCUCUCUCUCUCUCUCUCUCUCUCUCUCUCUCUCUCUCUCUCUCUCUCUCUCUCUUAAUUGGGUUUGUUCCAAUUUCCUUAAAAAGCCUCCUUCCUUUGCUGCCUUUUGUCCAAGGCUGCUGAUAUCAGAUUGGAUGCAAUUUAAGGUGAACUAAGCAUGAUGUCAACAACCCAAACCAGCCCACUUUGACUGUGAGUGGUUCAGAGUGGAAUGGAAGGAGAGGAAGAGAGGCCAGUGAAGGUUUUUAGGGCAGCCUUAAGUGUUGCCACAGAAUUAAAACUUGUCUUCCCCUCUCCCCGUCGCCUUGAAUUAAUCACCACUGAUGCGGCUGAAACACAGAACCAAGGACAGCGACUGGACAUCCACUCUUCCUGCCUCAACUCCUGCACACGUGCACGGAAAACCAUUGAUCAUUUUUAAACUCAAUUUACCUUCAUGGACCUUUCUAUGAUUUCCAAAUUUAAUAUGUGUCAGUAAUCUCAAAUAUUCAGUGUAACAUUUUUAUUUCUUUUUUACACACAGUGUCAUGAAAAUGUUUUUGCCACCUUCCUGAUUUCUUAGUUUUUUGCAUAUUUGUCUUCAAACAAAUUUUAAUAUUAAACAAAGAUAUCCUGAGUAAAUCCAAAAUGCAUUUUUUUAAUGAUAAUUUAUUUAUUAAGGGAUCCAAAACCUUCCAAACCUACCUGGUCCUGUGUGAAAAAAAAAGCAUUGCCCCCAUUAUAAAAUCACAAAUUAACUGUGAUGAACCACAUUUUUUUGGAAAGCUGAGUUCAAUUUCACUAGUCACACCCAGACCUGAUUACUGCCAAACCUGUUGAAUCAAGAAACCCCUUAAAUAGAACCUGCCUGACAAAGCGAAGCAGGCUAAAAGAUCUCAAAAAGCAACACAUCAUGCUACAAUGUAAAGCAACUCAAGAACAGCUGAGAAACAAAGUCACUGGCUUCUAGAGUUCUCGAGAACUGAAGAAGCCUCUCGGAUGAGAGAUGAAGUGUCUUCAAGAAACUUAAAGAAGUGCAGUCACCUUUUUUUCAAGCUCCAGACACAAUUAUCCACAAAUGGAGAAAACAGAACAGACCGACCAAAAUGACUCCAAGAGCGCAUCGAGGAGUCAAGGAGAAAACCUCUGCUGACCAAAAAGAACACAAAGGCUCGUCUCAUAUUUGCCAAAUCUUGAUGAAGACUUUUGGGAAAACAUUCUGUGGACUGACGAGACAAAGCCUGAACUUUUUGGAAGGUUUGAGUCCCGUUACAUCUGGCAUAAAACUAACAGCAUUUCAUAAAAAGAUCAUCACGCCAACCAAAAUAAAAAACCAAAAAAAUCGUCACACCAAAAUAAUUUAGCAAAAAUGUCUCAGCAGAGACAUGACAGAUUCAUUGCCAGUUAUCACAAAUGCUUGAUUACAACCAGUUAUUAGGUUUCGGGGCAAUUACUUUUUUACACAUGGCCAGGUAGGUUUGGAUAACUUUUUCCACCUUAAUAAAUGAAAUCAUCAUUUUAAAAACUGCAUUUUGUAUUUACUCAGGUUAUUUUGUCUAGUAUUAAAAUUUGUUUGAUGAUCUGAACAUGUGACAAAUAUGCAAAAAGCUAAGAAAUCAGAGAGGGGGAAAUACAGUGUAUCACAAAACCUCUCACAUUUCUGCAGAUAUUUAAGUAUAUCUUUUCAUGGGACAACACUGACAAAAUGACACUUUGACACAAUGAAAAGUAGUCU